ACAGUCUUUAUUGCGAUAAACAUUUAGGAGUUUCACGAGUCGCAGUACUUUUGGUGGUGGUCUUUAGGUAUGUAGGCAAAGACAGGGCGUUAGUUUAGUGCUCGGGCUGCCCCUGCCAAGCGCACUUAAGAAAGAAAGGGAAGACUAGGGAAGAAAGAAAAAGAGAAAUCUCAGCAGAGCAGUUUUGGAGUUUUAAGUGAAGAAGCGAAGAGUCGCUCUCAUUCUGCAGCAAGCAUCUGCGCACGAGCGAGAAGAAAGUCUUCGAGGAGAGGAAAGAAAAGUUUCGGAACAAGUGGAGGGAAGUCACCUUCGGACGAGUAUUUUGUCUUGAUGUGGUACUGAGGAAUGCACAGUUGUCAUGGAAACCCAGUCCCAGACCAGUUCUGCAGCAGAGAAGAAGAAGAGAGUGGAGACCAUCGUAGCCACCAAGAGCGCAUCCUCCCGCACAGACAUCAGUGAGAAGGCCGUGGCCUCCAGCACUACCUCCAACGAGGAUGACAGUUCAGGUUCCCCGUAUCAUCGUGAAAGACGUAAUGCCAUCGGUGGGCAGACCACAGUUCUGGGCACAUCAGCUGGAAAACUGAGCGAGGAACCAUCCACCUCUACAGAAGAGCGCCCCCAAUUGGUGAAGAAAGAACUUCACAGCUCCCUGCCCCACCUUGCGGACCACACCCUGCCCUACCGGGGGACGCUGUUCACCAUGGACCCUCGAAAUGGUUACCUGGACCCCCAUUAUACUCCACCUCAGUUCUUUCCUGCUUUUCAUCCUCCGGUACCCAUCGAUGAUAGACACACACAAGGCCGGUACAUUUACGAACCUUCACCAGUACCUCCGCUUCACAUGCCUCCUGCAUUGGCAGCAAGCCCUGCAUUUUCGGAUAUCUCCCUCAUCCGGAUCUCGCCGCAUCGGAACCCUUCGGUGGGGGCGGAGUCGCCCUUUAACCCUCCACACCCAUACAUUAACCCCUACAUGGAUUACAUCCGCUCGCUGCACAGCAGUCCCUCACUCUCCAUGAUCUCUGCAGCCAGAGGCCUCAGUCCUGCAGAUGUACCCCACACUGGUUUGACCACAGCAGAGUAUUACCACCAGAUGGCCCUGCUUGCAGGUCACCGCAGUCCCUAUGCUGACAUCAUUCCCUCGGUUGCAUCCACAACUGGGCCUGCAAGCAAUGCCCUGCACAUGGAGUACCUGCAGGCUAUGGAAGGUUCUCGGUUUCCCAGUCCUAGGCUCACAGCCCGGCCCAGCAGAAAACGUCCCCUUCCCAACUCCCCUCUGCCUGACCCCAACUUUGACCUGCAGGCUAUGAUUCGCAACUCACCCAACUCUCUAGUCACCAUCCUUAACAAUUCCCGCUCUAGCUCAUCCACCGGUGGAUCAUACGGACACCUCUCAGCCGGCACCAUCAGCCCUGCAUUGAGUUUUGCAUAUCCUCCAACCCCCGUAGCACUGCAGAUGCAUCAGCAGCUGAUCAGCCGGCAACCAGGCAUCGUAGGUUCUGCGUUCGGGCACAGUCCGCCCCUCAUACACCCAGCUCCUGCUUUUGCCACCCAGAGACCGUUACCAGGCAUUCCCCCCUCCAGUCUGGCACCUACAGAACGUUCCACUGCCUCAACAGACUCACAGAGUAAACCCACCAGUGAGUCGGCUGUAAGCAGCACAGGGGACCCCAUGCACCACAAACGCUCCAAACUCAAACCAGAAGAAGAGCCCCCCAGUCCUGGAGCCAUUAGUGUGCAGGAACAAACGGAUGGAAUGACUCUGGUAAAAGAGGAGGGUGACAAAGAGGAGGGCAAGCAGGAGCCAGAAGUGGUAUAUGAGACCAAUUGCCACUGGGAGGGAUGCUGCAGAGAGUUCGACACUCAAGAGCAGCUCGUACAUCACAUAAAUAAUGACCAUAUCCAUGGAGAAAAGAAGGAGUUUGUGUGUCGCUGGGAGGAGUGCUCAAGAGAGCAGAAACCCUUUAAGGCCCAGUACAUGCUGGUGGUGCACAUGCGCAGACACACAGGAGAGAAGCCACAUAAAUGCACGUUUGAAGGCUGUUCAAAGGCUUAUUCCAGACUGGAGAACCUGAAGACUCACUUGCGCUCACACACAGGAGAGAAGCCCUAUGUGUGUGAGCAUGAAGGCUGCAACAAAGCCUUUUCAAAUGCGUCAGACCGAGCCAAACACCAGAACCGCACACACUCCAAUGAGAAACCCUAUGUGUGUAAAAUCCCUGGUUGCACUAAGCGAUACACUGACCCCAGUUCUUUACGGAAACAUGUUAAAACUGUACAUGGUCCUGAAGCCCAUGUCACCAAGAAACAACGUGGGGAUACAUACCCUCGAGCCCCACCCCAGCCCCGAGAGCCUGGAGGUAAUGGACAGGGCCGGUCACCAGGGCAACUGCCCCUCGGAGUUAUUACUGACCAAAGGGAGUACAACCACUCUACCUCAAAACAAGAAGAAUGUCUACAAGUCAAGUCAAUCAAGACAGAGAAGCCCAUGACGUCUCAGCCAAGCCCUGGCAGUCAGUCUUCAUGCGGCAGUAACCAGUCCCCCAGCGGCCCCCAUUUCGGCCGUGGAGUCCAGCUUACUAUGAGCAGCAUUGUGCUUGCGGGGGAGGCGACAGUGCUUGAGGACCAGGAAAAUGAAGAGGAGGAAGAGGAUGAGGAAGGAGAGGGAGAGGAGGAGGAUGCCCCCAUCAUGGACUCUACAGUAUCCACUGCAACAGCCAUGGCGGCAACACUAGCUUUCCAGGCUCGCCGAAGUGUAGGACGGCCCUUACGUUGGAUGGAGCAUGUUAAGAUGGAGAGGUUAAGGCAGGUUAACAGAGCUGUGCCUAGGCUAGGACAUCUGUCCCCUACACCACCCCCUAAAGGCCAGGCCCUGCCUGCCCUCACAGGGAAGGGUUCAUGCCUUGGUAGGAGUAUUUCUGUGGGGGCACCAGUGCCCCAGCCUCCUCUGCGUCCUGAGCCAUCCAACACAGAGCUGACAGUGCUGAGUUUGCUGAGUGAGCGCCGAGACAGCAGUGGCAGUGCCACCAGCUCAGCCUACUUAAGUAGCAGCCGUCGUUCUUCUGGCAUCUCCCCCUGUUUCUCCAGCCGCCGCUCUAGCCAGGCCUCUCAGUCUGAGCAUAGCCAACAUCGACGUCUCCACAACCUCAGCGCCACUGACUCUUAUGACCCUAUCUCCACCGAUGCCUCCAGACGCUCCAGUGAGGCCAGCCAGUGUGGAGGAGGUGGAGGUUCAGGUGGGGUGGUGCUUGGUGGAAGCUGGGGUGGUGGAAGUGGAGGUAUUGGAGGAAGUGGGAUGGGAACAAGAGGUGUUCUGAACCUCACUCCAGCACAACACUAUCACCUGAAGGCCAAGUAUGCAGCUGCUACAGGUGGGCCUCCUCCCACACCCUUGCCCAAUAUGGAACAAAUUAGCCUAAAAACUCACAUGUCUAUGAUGGAAGACAGGCAGGGUACAAACCAGCUCACACUACCACCGCUGGUUAGGCCACGUCGCUGCAGUGAUGGUACGCAACAUGUGCAUGGCAGCCACACAGUAUAUCAACGAAGAGGUCUGUACCCUGGUGAAGGUCCAGGCAAUGGUGAUAGGAGAGCCAGUGACCCUGUGCGGACACGGGAUCCUAGUGCUUUUGGGUUGCCACAGGUACAGCGUUUCAGCAGUCUGAAUAACUUGAAUUCCUUACCACAUCAAGCUGGUAAUAAUUUCUCAGAUAGAGAAGAUUUGGGUCUGAGCCUGCAGAACUACACCUGCCCACCUGGAAGCUUUCAGAGGAGUCUGCACUCUCCUUGCCCUCCAAGCAUCAUGGAACAAUCAGCACUUGAGGACUUGGCCAUGGACCAGGAUGGUAUUCUGUUAAAUCCAGAUGAAGACAUCUUGCCGGACGACUUGCUGCAGUAUCUUCGCUCCCAAGAUCAAGAAUGGGCUAAUAACCAGGAAAACCAUUUGAGUGAUUCCAGUCCCCAUAGAUCCAAAUUUAAACAAGAUACUGCAGAUGCCCAGAAUUUCCUCAGUCCACAACAGCAGCAGGGAGCACCAGAAGGGGAACACAUCAGUAAGGACGUAAUGCCUAUCCAAUGGAAUGAAGUGAGCUCUGGCAGUGCUGAUGUUUCUCCUCCCAGACAGCAGUCUCAGAGGUGCGGGAGAUGGUCGGACAGGAGUGGCAUAAUAGGCAACCCUUUUGGUCGCUAUGAAAACAUGGUUGUGCAGCAACAACAACCACAUACAGAUUUCAUAGGUCAGCACUCAACUCUUCAUAGAGGUGCCCAACACAUGGAAGACAUGAGCUAUAGGUGCAGACAUCCAGACCAACAUAUCCCAAAGCCUACCCAACAGCAGUCCUUCAGGAUGGAUUCAAGCAUUAAGAUAGAGUCUUCCUCAACCUCUCAUCUAGAAUCAAGGCACAGCAAUUUUGGUCGACCAGACUUCUCUCAUAUCUCUUUGGGCCCCAUCCAUCCUAGCUGUGCCCAGCAGACAACUGCAUCACAAGCUCACCCCCAGCAAAACCACACAAUCACACAUCAAAUAAGUGGCAACUUUCUGCUGCAAAGACCAGCUAAUUACAGCUUGUCUCCUGCAUCAUCACUGCCUCAUCAUCCCCAGCCUCCUAUGACACAUCCACCUGUCAACAAUGGCCACAUAGGACUGUAUCAUACUCAGUCCUACUCCACUCAGCAGAUUAUCAAUGGUCAUAAUGCUCUGUCAUGCCAGCAGCAAAGCUUAAGUAAUGGAAAUAGUGCCAAUUGCUCCCUUGCCAAUCAGGUUUCUGGGCUGAAGCUGGAGGCAAAUGAUCACUUUCAAACCAACACUUGCUCUUCCAUUCAGCGACAACAGCCAGCAUUUAUUGCUGAGUGUUUUGACCCAGCAGAGUCCAAAACAUCCUCACAUAACAUAGCACAGUCAUGUCUAAUGGAGUCCUUGACAGCAGAGACUGAAACGUCUUCGGAGGCCCUUCUGUCCCCAGGGGUUGAUCAGGUGACCAGCACAGUUGACGGCAGCACAGGUGUCCUAGAUAAUGUGGGUUUAGGUAUCUGUUCCAUCCUUGAGGAUGGCUUUGAGCAGGGUAGUCUGGUGUCUGAAAUUAUCAGUCCCAGUGUUCUACAGGGUCUAUCUCGGACAUCCUCUCGACUGACUACUCCUCGUCUUUCAGCUACAUUUCACAGCAUACAUUCAGGAACUAACAACAUGGCAAUUGGUGACAUGAGCUCCCUCCUCACCACCCUCGCAGAAGAAAGCAAAUUUCUGGCUAUUAUGCAGUAGUCUGUGAACUCCCCCAGCAGAAAAAAGCAGAAGAAUGGUAAUAAAUGAAACAAAUAAAUGAUAUUGGGCAUGUAAAAAUGCAAAAAUAUAAAAUUCUAUUACUUUAGACUCAUUAAAGUAGUUUAAUAGGGGAGGUUAAAUAUUGGCACACAAGUGUAUUUUGUGUAUGUGUGUGUGUGUGUGUGUGUGUGUGUGUGUGUGUAUAUAUAUAUAUAUAUAUAUAUAUAUAUAUAUAUAUAUAUAUAUACUGUACAUACAGGGUUGGGGAGUAACGGAAUACAUGUAAAGGGAUUACGUAUUUAAAAUACAAAAUAUAAGUAACUGUAUUCCACUACAGUUACAAUUUAAAUCACUGGUAUUUAGAAUACAGUUACAUUCAAAAAGUAUUUUGAUUACUGAAGAGAUUUCUUUGCAUUUUAUUGUCAUUUGUUUCAUUUAAUAUUUAGUCCUUUCAGAUGGAAAACAUUUAUACAUAUAAAUGAUGCGAUCCAAAGUGCAUUUGAACAGCGGUGAAACACUUUCUUACGAUGUGUUACAUUCAUACGAGCAGACAGAGAAGUAAGUUUUAAGUAAGUUUGGAGCAAAAGAAAUAGAAAUAAACUUUGUGUAAAUUGUCAGCUUUACGCUAAGCUAAAAUGCUAUUUCUAGCCAUUUUACAUGCAUAUGUUACCAGGCACGAUCAUAUUUUUUAUCAAGAAAAUUCACGUUAGAUCAUAAUUUCUUUUUUCUAGUAAGACCUUUGAUAUUAGGUCAAAAAUCAUAUUCUUGAUGCUAAUUUUUUUUAUUGUUUUCCUUUAAAAAUAUCUAAAAAUCCUUAAAACAAGAUCAAUUAGAUUUAUCUUGUUUCAGAAACAACACUGCAUAAGAUAUUUUGUUUUUUCAGAGAAUGUAUUUUUAACAUGUGUAUUUUGUCUUACUGUACUGGCAGAGUUUUUAUAGUCAAAACAAGUGAAAAAAAUCUACCAGUGCUGAAGAAGUAAUCCAAAUUUUUUAGAAUAUAUUACUGACCUUGAGUAAUCUAACGAAAUACAUAACAAAUUACAUUUUACAGCAUGUAUUGUGUAAUCUGCAGUGGAAUACAUUUCAAAAGUAACCCACCCAACCCUGUGUGUGUGUGUAUAUAUAUAUAUAUAUAUAUAUAUAUAUAUAUAUAUAUAUAUAUAUAUAUAUAUAUAUAUAUAUAUAUACUGUAUAUACUGAUAUACUGUACAGUAGUUAUUCCGUUUCUGGAAUAGAAUAAUUUGAAAAGCCCUUCUUUUAUAUUGCUGUAUGAUGAUGGCAGCAGAAGACUCUAGUCUUCUUCCCAUCACAUUGAAACAGUAUUUCAUGUGUUGUUCUAUUUUUAUGUUUUGUUGUACACUGUUGCUUUAAGUGCAUGUUAUUUUUUGUUACGCAGUGUCCACUAAACUGAGUAAAUUAACUUGGAUUGUGUACAGUAUCUUUAUUUUUGAGUACAUUAUCUGCUAAAGAGAUGGUGUGAGUACGCACAGACUCAUCUUGCAUCAGGUUGAGGUCAAAUAUCAAUCUUAGCAGGCCCAAGUGUCAUAUUUUGAUUAUUCACAUUUUCGUUUGCAAGUGUCUUAUAUCGAUGAUGUUGAGGUGAUUUCAUGUCUUACCAAAUAUUUGACCAAUUUUUCCAACAUGGCAUUGAGCCCAAGUAAUAAAGACCAUUUUGUUGUAUGAAGGUACAGCAAGUGUGGAAUACAACACAGGAGCUGAAAAUUCUUGAUCUUGAUUUAGCUAACUGUAAGCCUGUAAAUAAAUGUUAAUAUACUUCUCUUUUUUAUAUUUUACAUUUUUCAUUUUGCAUCAUGCCGAUCACAUUCUUUUUGAUUGGUGCUGACAGUGAGCAGUGCAUUAUGUGACAACUGUGGAUAAAAUAAAACAAACACUGUGUCAUUUGUUGUCAUCAAUCUCAACAUAUCGCUUAUUGCACAACAAAUUAAAAAUUAGUGGCCAAAAUGUGUUGAAAACAUUGGUAUCAAUUAAUGUUUAAAUAUAUCUAAAUGUACAAGUGAUUUUAUUUGUUAUUUUGUUUAUAACAGUUGUGUACUGUUUUUGUCACAGCAGUGCAGUGAAUCCGUAGUGAGAUAUCAUUUAUGUCUUGGUUUUCUAGAUCAACAUGUUUCUCUAUUUACCCAUUUGCAAUUUAAUAAGUGAUAUGAAUACUUAUAAAAGAUCAAGACACAUCAAGCUCCACUACAAGAGCUAAAAGAUUUUUAGCAGUAUUAAAACUAUCGUGCAGUUUCUACCUGCAUUUGUACAGUUCUUUUUAAAGGCAUACUCUAGUAAUUUGUUUUUGUAUGGUAUUUUGAACUUUUUCUGUAGCUGUGUAUCAGUGUCUUGCUUUUUUUUUAUUUUUAUUGAUAUGACUCAUUCCCAUUGGAAAGGACUAAAGGGUUUGGGCCUAAGGUAUGUGCCUUAUUGAUGCCUGUCCAUACAAAAGAAACACUGCCAAUCUUUUUAUAAGGAAUUACAGAAAAUAAAAUGUAUAUUAAAACUGUGGCAGGAGUCCUAUAACUUAACAUGUUACACAAUAUGUUACAUUAUGUUAGUGGGGCAUUGAGAAAUGUGAGAUCUGUAAAGAAUGUGGCAGAACAUUGUUUAUUGUUGUUGUAGUUUUUUUUUUUUUUUUUUUUUUUUUACUAAAAAAUUUUUUUACUAAAUUUGUUUUUCCUUUAAUUGUUUAUGAUUGUAAAUAUUUUAAACAUAUUUGUUCUGUAGACUAUAGCGAAGAGUUUAGAUGGCAUCAGGGCAGGGGUCAGAAUUAGUAAUAUCCUAAUCCUAUAAAGCAGGAAUCCCUAGGCCCUGUCUUAAAUUCAAACAGAGGGAUCAAAAUGGAGUAACGGUGCCUAGCACCCCCAGACUGGGAGCAAAGUCUCAAUGCUCUUUUUAUAUCAGAUUACAAAAAAUGUUUGUAUGAUUUUAAUAAAAAAAAAAAAAAAAAUCAAAAUAUACAAAGGAUGUCUUGGCUUAUCUUUUAAAUUUGUCAUGUUUGAAAAAUGAGGACACAAUAAAUGAAUCUUUAUUACUAUACAUUGAAGGGAUGAUAAUAAGCAGCGCUUAAUCCUUGUGCACCCUUCAUUAUGGGUGCAUUCUUGAGGCCUUUGGGUUCAAAUUUCACCCCAAACAAUAACAGUGUAUUUUUGUACCAUAAUCAUGGAUGAUUUUUUUUUUUUUAAACAAAUGUAAUAACACUAAUUUCACUAAUUAAAAAACUCUAGAGUUGUGCAGUUUAAAUUACUAAACUACACCAUUAAUUUUCAUAUAAAAUAAGAACAUUUUAUGUCACAUUCACUUCAGUGAAGAUCUACAUUUCUCAAUUUAAUUUAGGGGUAAAAACUAAACAAAUUUUUCUUUUUUAUUAAAAUGUCCUGAAAUUAUACAAUUAUAACCAGUAGAUUGCUGCAGAGGUCCACUCAUUUUAGAUCUUAUCACAAGUUCUGCAUUUGGAUAUAUAUUUAGACAUUAGCAAAGACAUAAAAAAUAAAAAAAAUCACUAUUUUUGUCAAAGUUAAGAUUUUUCUUUUUCUUUUUUUUUUUUAGGUUUUUAUUUUUAUUUUUUAGUUGUUUUUUUUUUUUUUUUUAAGUGGCAGUUUUUGCAAUGAUGCCACAUUAUGAUUACAAACCAUGGUAUUACAAAGAGAAGACUUAAGAGUACAAUUUUUGUUACCUACUGUAUCAUUUAUUUCAAACAUCCCAAUUCAAUAAAUCAAUAGAAUAAAUUAAUAAAAAAUGUCAAUAAAUCAACAGCAAUAAACAGAAAUGAA